AUGAGCCAGAGGGACACGCUGGUGCAUCUGUUCGCGGGGGGAUGCGGUGGCACAGUGGGAGCUAUUCUGACAUGUCCACUGGAAGUUGUAAAAACACAGCUGCAGUCGUCUUCUGUGACACUUUAUAUCUCUGAAGUUCAGCUGAACACCAUGGCUGGAGCCAGUGUUAACCGAGUAGUGUCUCCUAGACCCCUCCAUUGCCUAAAAGUAAUCUUGGAAAAAGAAGGGCCUUGUUCCUUGUUUAGAGGAUUAGGCCCCAAUAUAGUGGGGGUGGCCCCUUCCAGAGCAAUAUACUUUGCUGCUUACUCCAACUGCAAGGAAAAAUUGAAUGGCGUAUUUGAUCCUGAUUCUACCCAGGUUCACAUGAUUUCAGCUGCAGUGGCAGGUUUCACUGCAAUCACUGCAACCAACCCCAUUUGGCUUAUAAAGACUCAGUUACAGCUUGAUGCAAGGAACCGUGGGGAAAAGCAAAGGGGUGCUUUUGAAUGUAUCCGUAAAGUGUAUCAAAGAGACGGAAUUAAAGGAUUUUACAGGGGCAUGUCUGCUUCCUAUGAUGGCAUAUCAGAGACUGUUAUCCAUUUUGUUAUUUAUGAAAAUAUAAAGCAAAAACUACUGGAAUGUAAGACUGCUUCUAUGACAGAAAAUGGUGAAGAGUCUGUAAAAGAAGCAUCAGCCUUUGUGGGAAUGAUGUUUGCUGCUGCCACCUCAAAAACUUGUGCCACAACUAUAGCAUAUCCACAUGAAGUUGUAAGAACAAGACUAUGUGAAGAAGGAACAAAAUAUAGAUCCUUUUUUCAGACACUGUCUUUGGUGGUUCAAGAAGACGGUUAUGGGUCGCUCUACCGUGGUCUAACAACUCGUUUGGUGAGACAGAUUCCAAACACAGCCAUUAUGAUGGCCACCUAUGAAUUAGUGGUCUACCUCCUCAAUGGAUAGCAGCACAGGCUGCCACACUGCAAGAGGGAAGACCAAAAGAUUGCAGUGGAUCAUGGAAUAUUGAGGUCAGCAUGGUGGACAGAAAGAAUAGUAGUUUGGGAACAUGUACCAUAAUAUGCCCAAGUGGAAGUUUGGUGAAGAUAGCUACACCACGUUACUUAGUCUUUCAGUAAUGUGGAAAAACCUUAGCCACCUCUAAAGGAAAUGUCUUUGGAAGCACUCCUUUGUCAAAAUUGCCAUUUCUCUACCGUGUCCACCAGAUACAGUUGUGUUUUAUUGACCUAUAACAUUGAGAGUAUAGUGUUUAUUCCAAGAGGAUUUUUCAAGUCUUCUAAACAAAGCCAUCCUUAAAUAUAUACUGUACUGUAGAUAACAUAAAUAUCUAACUUCUGACUUUUAAUUCCUAAUACUGUAAGAUAACAAUAAUUGGUAGAUACUCAGUAUUCCCAUUUUGCUGAGAUGACUUGGCACAAUAUUUUAAUUAUUUGGCACC